CCGUCACUCACACCAAGCGCUGUUACGCAGGCACCACCCUUCUUCCGGAAAUUACGUGCCCUGAAGUGUCACGUGACAUAAAUCGACGAAGGGUGGUUUGCACGUGGCGCGGCGGGACUUUUUUGCCCUGUGCUUACAAUACUAAAUUGGUUCCGUUAUCCGGAGUUUAUAGUUUUUCUCGGAGGGGAGACGGGGUGUUUGCUGGGCUGACACGGUUCCUCUUUUUUUUAGAAGCAGUGCUUCUGUAGACAAAGACAUAAUUGGUGCUAGAGAGUGGACUGCUGGAGUCCUUGCCAGUUCCAUCACUGCUCACUUUGAAGCUCAUCUGUGUGCCUCAAACAUUUUCUUCUAACCAAGAGAAUGGAGAGGUGUCAGUUCUUGGAAGUUGCAUCACGGCAGCUGGCAAGCACCUGCCCUGCUCAGGCACAGUUUUUGCAGUGGACGCUGAGCAACAUAAAAGACAGAACCCACGAUAAUGUGGACCAGGUAUGUCAUUACUGUUUCCAGCUUCUUCUUCCUGGUAACUAUAGGGUCCGUCUAAUGCCUAAAAUGAAGGUGACGCCACAAAUACAAAAAUUACUUAAUCGGGAAGUGAAGAACUACAGACUCAAUUCAAAGCAAACAAACCUUUUGAAGAAGUACAAAGAAUCAAAGAACAUUCUGCUAGUUACCUGUAAUGCAUGCAGGAAAACAACCAGGCAUUAUGGGGAAAGUAGAGAAUAUUUGGAAACAAAAACAUCAGCCUUGAAGAAGUUCUCAAACAAAGCUACACCAGCCAGCCACAGUCAUUCCGUCUCUAAAAGAAGGACACCCUCAUCAAGUUCCAGAACAUCAUCUGGACAAUCAACACAUCAUUCUUCCUCCAAGACUCCAAGAAAUGCCAAAUGGCAUUUCACAAAGUUGAAAAGACUACUUAGCUUUGAAGAAAAUAAAAAAAGUAAUAAGGGGGACCUGAAAAACUUCUUGUUGACACUUUAAGUAUUUUAAAAAUAAUAGGUAUACCAUAAUUGCGGCUGAUUAAAGGAAUACAUCACUUAACGCACUAGCAGCAGGCUUUUUUCUUUAACAUUGGUUUCUUAUGGAGUAAAGCACUGUCAAAUCUACCUGUCUGGACUAUGUCAAUAAAAUAACUGCUGCAUUGCUUAAACAUUUGGAUCCAGAACUGCAUGCGGACCGAUCAAAAAUGGAAAGAAUAGUAAAAAAAUGUUCUAGUGCCCCUUUCUGUUAACUCUGUUGUCAAAAAACUGAAAGCUGAUACUUCUUUUACUUUUCAUGAGAAAUAUCUUACAGGAAAAUCAGGACAUUCCCCUCCCGACAAUAAGCAUAUGAAACUACAGACUCAGUUGCAAAUGCAAUUCAGCAGGCUUUGAGACUGGAAUUUAACACAGAAAAUGCAGUUGCUUGUACCACUGAUAAAGCCACCAUUAAGAGCUAUUAUGUUUAUGCUUCUGUUAUAAGCAACUUCUCAUAAUGAUGCAAGGCAUGCAAUGAAACAUUUUUUGAUGUAGGUAAUCAAAAGUGUUCAUUUGGCACAAAUAAAGUAACCAACCUUAAA